GCCUGGUGAGGUGACACCAGACCUUGAUGUCACAACUACACCAGACAACUCCUCAGGCAAUGGCAGCGAGAACACCAGUGGUCCCAGGGCAGUGGAAUGUAGGAUCAGUCUGAGUGCUGAGUGUAUUGACUGUGAUUUUAAUGUGUCUUGCCAAUACGGGACCAAGCAAAGAGCUUCUUGUAUGCCAAAGCCAAGUGUGAACUGCUCA